AAAAUUUUAAAGAGCUCAAAUAUAUUUCGAAACCUGAAAAUUUUUACAAAAAAAUUUGAAAGUAGCCAAAAUAUAUUUUCUAGGAUUGUGACGUAUGGACACCUUUGAAAUUUGAAAGAAUAUAAUUGGAGCUACACGCAAAUCCCCAAACCCAAAACUAGGGUUUCAACGGAAGAUAUGGAUGCCGCUUCGUCUUCCCCGUCUCGUGAGAGGAAGCCUGAGGUCAAGGAUGGUGUUGCUUGCAGCGCCUUGCGUGCCAUGGAUGAGAAAUACUUCUCCGAUGAAGAAGAGGGAGACAUGGACGUGGACGAGGAAAACGAAGAAGAUGAUGGCGAGACAAGGGGCCUCGAAGGCGAAGACUUCGCACAAAUUUUCAUGGUUCGCGAUAAUGUUUGGGAGACUAAGAAUUUCUCCAAGUGGAGGAAACUGAAUUGGCGCUGUUUCGAAUGGUGUUCCCAAAUCAGUGAUUACUAUUUCGAUAUACCCAAAGAUUCUUUCAAACCCAGGUGGGAUCCUCGUUCCGGAAGACCCUUAGAAUUGAAGAUGGGCCAUUCGCUGUUGUACUAUGAUAUGGACGAACCAUGGAUAGGCUUUUAUCUCAGAGAAGCUUGUGAAGGUGCCAGAGUAGCUAUUGAGUUUUUCAACAAGGAAAACAAGAUGGGAACAAUUUUGGAGUUUGUUAAGAUGUUGAGAAUCAGAAGGGGCUUACAUUUUUAUCAACCUCGCGGUAGAGUAUACUUCCUUACAUUUAAGACCAAGAUUGUUCCUUGGAGUUAUCCAAAACCUUUUAAAGAACUCGAAGCCUCCUUAUUUCAACCGUCUCAAGACAAGAAAACUUGGUAUUUGAGAGCCUUGAGGGAGAAGCCUUUUGAUUUAAUGGCUCCAUAAUGGUUGUUCUCGGGAUCAUGAUUUGAAAGGAACUGGAAUUUCUGGAAGCUAAUGAGUUCCUUAUUAAGAGUUCUCCACUCAGCCGUCUAUAAUCAAUAUAGGAGUUGCUACAAAGUUGCGGUAGGAUGUCUGGAUGACAAAGCAUAUAUGUAUUUUGUAACACUAUGUAUGGUUCAUGGAAUUUGGAAGGAAAAAGAAGAAAAUGAAAACUAUUUUCCUUCCAUAUUGGUGAGGAAAUUGAGUGUAUUCCUUUUUGCUAUAUCCACCCUCAUUUUAGCUAAAUCUCUCUUUCGAUGUUAAAUUGACAAAUUUGCCUUUAAACGUUGGUAUUCCUUCUGCUAUAUCCCUCAUAAUCCCUCAUAAUUAGUUCAAUACUAAUGUAAUUUAUUUGAAUUGUUAAUGUUUAAUUUGUUUCCGUUUCAUAAAGCAGAAAAAAUUGA